AUGGUUCGCACGUACAGAAGAAAGACUGAUGCCGGAGAAUGGUCUCAAGAAAAAAUGAAAGAGGCUGUAAAUAAAGUCCAGAACAAAGAGUUGACCUUACGUAAGGCUGCUGAGAUUUUUGCAGUACCGUUCACGAGCUUACAGAGAAGAGUUACUUUAUCCAGGGGUAUUAUUAAGCGUCGAGGUGGACAGCCAGCUUUAGAUGAGAACGCAGAAAAGAAGUUAGCUGACCGGCUAUUGCACUUAGCAAGUCGUGGCUUCGGAAUUACACCCAAAGCGGUACGUAAGUACGCGUUUGAAUUUGCAGAACGUCAAAACAUAAAACACAAAUUUGACAGAAAUGCUGGAAUUGCUGGCCAGGACUGGUUUCAUCGCUUCAUGCAAAGAAAUAAAAAAUUAACUAUUCGGAAGCCGGAGGGUCUGUCAAGAGCAAGGUGUGAUGGUAUGAAGAAGGAAAAAGUAGCAGAAUUCUUUAAUACUUUGGAAACAGUAGUAGAUAACAACAAUUUAAGAGGAAAACCUGAAUGUGUAUACAAUGUUGAUGAAACGGGUAUGCCGCUUAGUAACCGCCCACCCAACAUUAUAGCCCAAAAAGGUGCUAAAGAUGUUGUCAGCAUGACUAGUGUUGAACGAGGUGAAAAUGUAACCGUUCUAGCCUGUAUGAAUGCAGCAGGACAGUACAUACCUCCAUUUGUUCUAUUCAAAGGUGUGCGUAAACGUGACGAUUUUCUCCUAGGUAUGCCACCUGGUACUGAAGUUGCCAUGACAGAAAACGGCUGGGUCACCGAAGAAGCUUUUAAGUUGUGGCUGCAACAUUUCAAUCGCUACCGGACCCCAGGAAAAGUAGUUCUAAUUUUGGAUGGGCAUGCGUCUCACACCAGCUACUCAGUGGUAGACUUGUGUGACUCUUUCGAAAUUGAACUUGUACUUCUUCCUCCACACACAUCACAUGCCCUGCAACCGCUCGAUGUAUCGUUUUUCAAACCGCUCAAAACCUAUUAUCACCAACAAGCUACAGCAUGGCAACAUUCACAUGCCAAUCAAGGAAUCACAAAAGUCGCUUUCGGAGCACUUUUCCAACGGGCUUGGAAUCAGGCUGCCACUGUUGGGAAUGCUACAAAAGGCUUCGAAAAGACUGGAAUAUUUCCACUAAACGCCAAUGCAAUACCUGACCACAAGUUCAUCGUGCCAUCCACAAGUUCACAACAAUCUGACGAAGCCCAGCCUCCCACCUGUACAGAAAUAAUUAAAGAAAUUCUUCCAUCACCUUUAAAGUCACCAAUUGCUUCUAAAAGAAUUCGUAAAGUUUCAAAACUGGCCUUGCAUUUAACAUCACCUCAGAAUAAGACUACUCUUCUCGAAAAAGAAGCAAAGAAGAAAUUUAAGGUAGACAAUAAAACCAAGGAAAAUAAGGAAAAGGCUGUGGGCAAAGAAAAUACUAUGAAGAAAAUGAAGAAUAAAGCAAAGCUUGCGAUAAAAAUUAAGAGUUCAUCUCCAAAACAUAGAGAGUGGCACUGCAUUUACUGUUCCGAAAUAUUCGUUCAUCCACCAUCAGAGGAUUGGAUUCAGUGCAAUGCCUGCGAAGAAUGGUGCCACGAAAAAUGUGCUGAUAUGGGGGGAGGAAAAAGGACCAUAUAUAUGUGA